CCGCCGCCGCCGGGCCGGGACUGCUGUGCGCCCGCGGCGUGAGGCGUGGGAGGGAGCGAGGCCCAUCAACCGCGGCGCCGCCCGGUCGUCGUCUAUCUUCGUCUCCCGGCGCCAGCGCGGUCCGAGUUCCUUCUGACCGCUAUGGAAAGAGGAAAGAGAAACUAGGAGUAUUUGUAAAUCAUCGUUUGACUUCGUCACAGAGUUAUGGUGGCCUUCUGAACUAAUAUGACAGAUACCUAGCAUCUAGCCAAAUAAUGGCAGCUGCCUACCUUGACCCAAACUUGAAUCACACACCGAAUUCAAGUACCAAGACUCACCUGGGUACCGGUGUGGAACGUUCCCCUGGGGCCAUGGAGCGAGUGUUGAAGGUCUUUCAUUAUUUUGAAAGCAACAGUGAGCCAACCACUUGGGCCAGUAUUAUCAGGCAUGGAGACGCUACUGACGUCAGGGGCAUCAUUCAGAAGAUAGUGGACAGUCACAAAGUAAAGCACGUGGCCUGCUAUGGAUUUCGCCUCAGUCACCUGCGGUCAGAGGAGGUUCACUGGCUCCAUUUGGAUAUGGGUGUCUCCAAUGUGAGGGAGAAGUAUGAACUUGCACACCCACCAGAGGAGUGGAAGUAAGAUUACAAACCUACUUUGGGGUGACUCGAACUUGAUUUGUUUUGCAUAUUAGAGACACGCACAAGAGGAUGAUUAUCUAUGCUUAAUUUUCACACUGAUUGUCAUUGGGACUCCUGUAUAAAUAGAGUUGGCCGGUAAUUAUUAACUAGUGAUCUCUUCUGCACUCCUGUGUAGUCUGUCUUGGGGCACCGCUGACCUGGACUUGCUGAGGCGUCUGACUGAUCUCAUGCUUUUGUGAUGACCUGUCGCUCCUCCCACUUCUCUUGUCUGUGCUGCUCUGUCCAGCCUCUGCUCUGAGGAGGACUCAAGCCCUAGUCCUUUUACUUCCUGUUCUGCUGGCACCCUUUCGUGCAGCAGGGCUCCGUGUGCCUGGAGGAGACCACACCCAAUUACUUUAUUAAUGGGCUGCAGAGCUCGCUUUAUUGUGCCCAGUACAGUAAUCCACAGCCCACCGAAGACAGUCAGCGUCUCUUGGAUGUUCACACAUAACAUUGA